AUGUGGCUCCUCGGAUCACCUACUCCAAUAAUGAAUGAGGCAGUGUCACCGGCGCGCUCGAUCCACAGUCCCGGUGCCGUGUCCACUGUGCACAGCAUAGAGGCCAUCCUGGGCUUUAGAGAAGACGCUCAUUUCCACAAGUCCAUAUCCUACAACAUGAUGGACAGAGAGAUGGGACAUGAUGCUGAGCGUAGUGCGGAUGUUACUGUAACCCCAACAAAGAAAAAGGCCUACUCGGGGAAUUUUGACAUGGUCUGUUGUGCCAAAAGCAUCACGGAGCCAUCGUCAGCGUGUCUGGACUCUCCGGACAGAGAGGGCAAGUUGCCGGAUGAUGAAAACUCAAAGAAGAAACACAGGAGGAACCGGACCACGUUCACCACAUUCCAGCUACAUGAACUGGAGAGAGCCUUUGAGAAGUCUCACUAUCCAGACGUGUACAGUCGAGAAGAAUUGGCCCUAAAAGUCAACCUUCCGGAGGUCCGCGUGCAGGUCUGGUUCCAAAACAGACGUGCAAAGUGGCGCCGUCAGGAGAAGCUUGAAGUCAGUUCCAUCAAACUUCAGGACAGUUCCCCCUCACUGCUGUCAUUUAGCCGAUCUCCGACUCAAGCAUUGGGAUCUGGACUGCAAAUGGACUCCUGGCUGACCACCCCCAUCACCUCUUCCACCUCCAUGCAGUCACUGCCUGGCUUCGUCAGCAGCCCACAGCAUGCCCUUCCUGGGACAUACACUGCAUCGCAUUCCUCCGCAAUUUCACCAUCAACACUAUCGGCCCCAUUCCUUGGCUCUCCUGCCCUGGCUCACAACACUCACCUGCCCCUUAUCAGAUCUAUGUGCCCGCCUGUGCCAUACCAAUGUUCAGUGGAUCCCAGAAACUCCAGUAUUGCCUCACUGAGGAUGAAAGCCAAGGAACACAUUCAGUCAAUUGGAAAGUCAUGGUGAUGCUACUGAAGGAGAUUAACAAUGGACCCAAGAACGCUUAUACUGUACAGCAGACCUGAACUGAGAUAUUCUAUUUUGCUGAUGUUGAAAUUUUAGGUUCAAAGAAACUCUACUUAUCUGGCAACACAAAUUAAAAUGCUGCAGUCUUUGUAAAAGAUUACUGCCCUGUGUCUUCUAAUGACUACUUUGCUGCAACUUUUAUAACUCUCCUUUAUAAGCAAUACUUAAGUGUAUGUGUAUGUG